AUUUUUUGAUGAUGAUGAUGAUGAUGAUGAUGGUGAAGAAGAUCAUCAUUCAUAUUAAUAUUAAAGCUUUGAGCUUCAUAGUCAUAUUAGCACCACAAGCAUUAAAGUCUUCAACUUUCUCUCACCCCACUACUCUCUCUCUCUUUCUCUACUUUCUCUCUCCUACCACUCCAAGAUCUCACCUUUCUGCUUCAAACUUCACUCUUUCUCUCUCUCUCUAGAACUCACCUCACAUUUUUCUUUUAACAAAGCAUUUGAGUAUGUCUCGGCUUUGAUAGAUCUUCAACCGCAUUUUAUGGAUCUGCAACCCCAAUUACCCGCAUUGCUGUCUUCUUCUUCAUACUCUCUCUCCUAGGGUUUUUCUUCUUCUUCUUCUUGGGUUUAAUGAGUUUGUAGUAGUAGUGGGAAGUAGUGAGUUUCUGUGAAACCAGCUGGGGGAGCUUGUUGUCGGCCAAUGCUUGACCGGAAACCUAGAAAUCUCCAGCUCGGUGCUGUUUGACAAUGGUUUGCGGCAAUUUGGGUUUUGUCAGAGAAAAAUGCGAACUUUAAUUCUGCUUCUCUGUGUUGUUCUUCUUCCUCAUCUUCCUCCUUCCUCAGGGCAUUCUUUACUGCACAUAUACCUGUCUCCUGUUCAAUUUACACACCGAUUAUUAUCAUCAAAAGAAUUCUCAAUUGACCAUGCAAGGUCAAUUUUGAUGAGUUUGUCUUUUGGGUCAUCAAAGUUUUCCAAGACAAAGUUGCUCAAACACUCUUUGGCACCUUCUAUUGCUCCUGCACCUUCUCCAAUUUAUCAAGGUCCUACUGGUUCUAUCUCCCCUAGGCAUGGUGGUCAUCAUCGACAUCGACAUCAUGGAAGGGCCCAUGCUGUUGCUCCAGCUCCGUCAAAAGACCAAGCAGGCUGUGGUCAAAUCUGUGUGGAGCCACUUACUGCCACCCCCUUUGGUUCGCCGUGUGGAUGUGUGUUUCCAAUGAAAGUCAGACUUCUACUAGAUGUUGCUCCUUUUGCUGUUUUUCCCGUAAUGAAUGAGCUAGAGAUUGAGGUUGCUGCAGGCACAUACUUGGAGCAAAGUCAAGUGAAAAUAAUGGGUGCUAGUGCUGAUAGCCAAAAUCAAGGAAUGACAGUAGUGGACAUUAACUUAGUUCCACUAGGAGAGAAGUUCGAUAAUACCACAGCAAUACUAACAUAUCAGCGAUUUCGACAUAAAAAAGUGCCUUUAAACAUGACUCUUUUUGGUAAUUAUGAUGUCGUGUACAUUAGUUAUCCAGGGAUUCCUUCCUCUCCACCAUAUGGAGGUUUCACUGGUAACGGUCCAGCUGAAAGUGUUGGAAAUCUACCUAUUACCGCCAAUUUUGGGAAUAAGAAUCAGAAAAUGAAUGUUCGAACCAUUGCCAUUAUAGCUUUGUCUGCAUUUGUGCUCCUAAUGGUUCUACUUGGAGCAAUCUCUGUGUUUAUUAAAUGGAGAAAAGUUAGAAAACCUUCGAACGCUGUUGGUCCUGCCUUUACCUCAUCCAUUCAUAAAAGAUCAGGUAUAGGGUCAAUUUUGUCGAGUAGUAUUGCAAGCUCCACUUCGGUGUCCCUGAUGUCAAAUAUGGCGCCCAGCAUCCUCUCAGUUAGAACAUUUUCACUUUCUGAGAUCGAAAAGGCAACAGAGAAGUUCAGUUCAAAACGAAUUUUAGGAGAAGGAGGAUUUGGACGUGUUUACAGUGGGCUUAUGGAGGAUGGAACUCAAGCUGCAGUAAAGUUGCUUACAAGGGAUAACCAAAAUGGAGAUCGUGAAUUUAUUGCGGAAGUUGAGAUGCUAAGCCGAUUGCAUCAUCGUAACCUUGUCAAACUUGUUGGCAUAUGCAUUGAAGGGCGAAGACGUUGCUUGGUGUAUGAACUUGUUCCUAAUGGCAGUGUUGAGUCCCACUUGCAUGGUAUUGACAAGACAAAGGGGCCUCUUGACUGGGAUGCAAGGAUGAAGAUUGCCCUUGGUGCAGCAAGAGGAUUAGCUUAUCUCCAUGAAGACUCAAACCCUCGUGUCAUUCACCGAGAUUUCAAAGCUAGUAAUGUUUUGUUGGAAGAUGACUUCACCCCCAAAGUUUCAGAUUUCGGGUUGGCAAGGGAAGCCACAGAAGGAAGUCAGCAUAUUUCUACUCGAGUUAUGGGAACUUUCGGGUAUGUUGCACCAGAAUAUGCAAUGACAGGUCACCUACUUGUCAAGAGCGAUGUUUAUAGUUACGGAGUUGUGCUGCUGGAACUUCUCUCAGGACGGAAACCUGUUGAUAUGUCCCAACCUCAGGGACAGGAGAAUUUAGUGACUUGGGCUCGGCCUCUAUUGGCUAACAGGGAAGGUUUGGAGCAAUUAGUGGAUCCUACUUUAGUUGGAUGCUGUGACUUCGAUGACAUAGCUAAAGUGGCAGCUAUCGCCUCCAUGUGCGUUCACCCUGAGGUGACUCACAGACCAUUUAUGGGCGAAGUUGUGCAAGCUUUAAAGUUGAUAUACAACGACACUGAUGAGACUUGCGGAGACUGCUGUAGUCAAAAGGAGUCUUCUGUUCCAGACUCAGACUUCAAAGGCGAUCUUGCAGUUUCCGAUAGUAGCUGGUGGAAUGCAGGAGCAAUAAGCCCCCGAUUAACUUUCGGGCAAGCUUCUUCCUUCAUAACAAUGGAGUACAGCUCGGGCCAACUUGAAGAAAUGGAUAACAGACCAUUUUCAACCUCGAGUUUGAUUGGUGACGAAACAUCUCUCCCAAUUAGACAUGGGAACAGGUCAGGACCCUUGAGAACAAUUCGAAGCAAACCAGCUUUCUAUAGACUAACAGGAAGUAGGAGCGAGCACGGUGCCUUCCUUCCAAAACGCGAUUGGAACGAUGGUAAUUGGGUAUGAUCAUUUGAGGUUUCUUUCAUUUUCAUUUUCAUUAAAAAUGUACAGUUCCUUGAAAGACCUGGGCUUUAUCAGUUAUAAGCCGUCGGUGUAGUUUAGGAGUUCGGAUUUUCCUUGGUUCCCCUUUUGUUUGGCGGCGAAAAUGUGAGAAAAAGAAAGGAAAAAGAGAGAACCUUGGCUUCUUCUAAUUUUGGAUAUUCUUGAUUCAUUACCAUACAAGUUGGAGAUUUGUAAGUGUAAUACUCCUCUUCUGUAUUGUAUAUCACUCAAAUUUUAUAAUUCUUAUUAUUAUGGUUCUCAA